AUGGAACUGUGCAGAUGGAAAGGAUGGAGCAGAAUCCUGUGGGGUUUCAUCUUGAAUUUUUCAGGUUUGUUGUCAGUGGAGGGGUCUGGUCGCUGUAGUCUGUUUAGCCGGCAGCACAUACACACAUUUGAUGGUGUGAUUUAUGAGUUCCCUGGAGACUGCAGCUACAUGCUGGUGGGAGACUGCCAACACAGAAGCUUCUCCAUACUGGGUGAUUUCUCUCAUGAAAAGAGGAAAGGAGUGACUUUGUUUCUGGGAGAAUUCUUCGAGCUUCACCUCUCUGUUGAUGGGACGCUGUCACAAGGAGCAGAAAG